AUGGGACGUCGCAGCCACCGCAGCAGCAACGGACGGCGCAAGAACAACCACACGAACAGCAACACCAGCAACGGAGAUCGAGAGGAGGACGGGGCCGGGGGAGAGGAAGAGGCGCCUCUCAUGCCGGCCGCCGAGUCGUCGUCCUCGAGACACACGAACGGAGCAGCAUCCCAGGACCAGAAACAUAGUGCCGAAGCUGAGUCUUCUUCUUCUCUACGGCCUGACGCCUCGGAAUUCGUCCCUGGGCAGCCUCAUAAGGCUAUCAAUCCUCCUUCUGAACAGUCCUCCUCCCCCUCGAAACAGCCUCGACAGCACCCAAAGAAACCUACCAAAUCUCUCACAAAGUCGGUAGCGGAUAACAUCACCACGCGCAUCCACGAAGACAUCUCGAACAACCUAUAUGAAUGUCCCAUAUGCACGUCCGAACUUGGCCCCAGAUCAAAGGUCUGGUCCUGCAGACAGUGCUGGACCGUCUUCCAUCUUCACUGUAUCAAGAAAUGGUCGACGAACGAAGGAUCCGUACAUACAAGACCGCGGGACCAGGAGCAGGAGGAUGACUCCGAGCUUCCGCCUGCUCGCCAGUGGAGAUGUCCCGGCUGUAACCUGCCUCAAGAUACUCUUCCGUCAGGGUAUACUUGUUGGUGUGAGAAGGAGAUGGAUAUCAGAUCUGUCCCUGGCCUCCCACCUCAUUCAUGUGGCCAGUCAUGCUCUCGAUCAAGGGAGGGAUGCCCUCACCCUUGUGACUCCGUCUGUCAUGCUGGCCCCUGUGCUCCCUGUCAGGCCAUGGGCCCUGUACAAAGCUGCUACUGCGGAAGACAUGAGAUCCAGAAGAAAUGCGUAGACACAGACUACGUCUCUGGUUGGAGCUGCAAAGAAACCUGUGAGGAGCUUCUGCCAUGUCUACAACAUACCUGCCAACGGUCAUGCCAUGAAGGCCUUUGUGGAGAGUGUGAAGAGCUCGUUCCAGCAAGAUGUUACUGCGGCAAAGUUACUAGUCAGAUAUUGUGCAAUGUCAAGGAAGAAGAAAGAGAGUCCCGGAAUCUGGAAGAAACUUGGAUAGGUUCUUUCACCUGUCCAGAUGUCUGUGGCAGACUAUUUGAUUGUGGCAUCCACCACUGUGAAAAAUCCUGUCAUCCUCAGGACACACUCCCUUCUCACUGCCCUACAGCCCCUGAUAUGGUCUCCCACUGCGCCUGUGGGAAGACCAAGCUUGCCGAUAUGGAUAUCGAGCCACGCGAGGCUUCGAAAACCCUCUGCCACCAGGGAAAGACAGAGGCGCCUUCUUGUAUGCGCGUGUGCAAGGCCACGCUCAACUGCGGGAGACACGUCUGUGGCGAGCAUUGCUGUACUGGCGAACGCAAAGCCAUUGAACGACUCGCAACUAAGAAGAAGCUAAAGUCCCUGAACGUUCGACAGACUGAUGAAAAUGACAUUGAGGCAGAGCAUAUCUGCACGCGUGUAUGUGGGAAACUCCUUAAAUGCGGUACCCAUGAGUGCCAGGAGCUGUGCCAUCGAGGUCCCUGUGCUAGGUGUCCAGAAGCCAUAUUCCACGAAAUUACAUGCAACUGCGGCAGAUCUGUACUCUACCCUCCCUUACCCUGUGGAACAGGACCACCGGCCUGUAACUUCAACUGCGGCCGGUCCAAACGAUGCGGUCACCCCCAGACACCACACAGCUGCCAUACUGAUGACGAAUCCUGUCCCAAAUGCCCAUUCUUAACGGAAAAGAAGUGUUUAUGUGGAAAGAGGGUGCUCAAGAAUCAGCCUUGCUGGCUAGUUGAUGCUAGAUGUGGACUUGUUUGCGGCCAGGAACUCCAGUGUGGCUCGCAUACAUGCAAAAAGGAAUGUCACCGCCCUGGCGACUGUGAAGACUCUAUAACUAGUUGCCAGCAACAAUGUGGGAAGAUUAAAAAGCAGUGCUCCCACAUCUGCACUGAACCAUGUCAUGCACCAUUCCCGUGUCCAGAGAAGACGCCAUGCCAGUCAAAGAUUACAGUUACCUGCCAGUGCGGACGAAUUAAGCAGGAAAAACGCUGUGGUGCAACCAAGGAUAAAGAUCGCCAGGGACAUGAAGCUCCAUCAUCUCUCCCCUGUGAUGAAGAAUGUGGUCGAAUCCAGCGUAAUCGCACCAUUGCUUCUGCUUUCGGACUCGAGGUCGAUCCAUCCAGCACUGCAACAGCGUCCGAACCACUCACACUGGAGAACCUCCCUUACUCCAAGGAAACACUCGACAUGUACAUGGAACUCGCCUCGUCUUCUUCCCUCUCGACCAUGGAAACUUACGAAUCUAAGCUCUACGAACUGGCUCGUAGCAUGACAGACCGCUCAGCUCGCUUCCCACCUGCUCGCGCCAAUUUCCGUGCCUUCGUCCAUUCGCUUGCGGAAGAUUGGGGUUUCAAAUCCGAAAGUCUCGACCCAGAACCCCAUAGACAUGUCGUCGUUUUCAAAUCUGGCGGUUGGUUGCCGCCCUCCCUUGCUGGACCAGGAAUAGGUAUUCGAGGAAUCAGCGUAGGCGACUGCGCCAAGUUCCGUGACAGAGAACGACUGAAAGAAAGAGCCGCCAAACGCGAGGCGGCCGCUGAACGUGCUAGGCUUGAAGCUGCUCUUAAAGAGGCAUCUUCUGCCAGUGCGAAUGACGGAUGGGCACAGGUUGUGUCGAGAAAGCGCCCGGGUACAAGCAGCAGCCCAGGUGAAGCUUCUCCUUAUGGAUUUGGAACUGCUACGCCCAGCGACUCGAAAGGAAAACUGGUCCUGCGUAGCGGCAUCGGAUCAGGACGAACCGUUGGCACUGCCUCGCGAUUUGGCGCUUUGGGAAUGGACGGUGCUGAUGCACAUGCUGAUGAAGAUGUAGUUGAAGAUUGGGAGGAAGAGGUUGCGCGUGAAGAGCAAGAAAUGAAGGAGAAAAUGGAGACGAUGGAUGUGCAGCAUGAUGGAGACUCUCCGUCUGCUUAA